AUGCUGACGUCCACAAUGAAGAUGGUGUCCACUGGUCUGUGCAAGGUCGUACUCCUCGUUUCCUUCAUCAUGCUGGCCGCUCGUGGUCAGUGCAUGGCACAAAACAAUGCCAAUUACACCUUUAGUACUCCAGUUAAAAUAAUUCUGGCUCAUGAAAAGGCCUGGCUUAUGCAUGGCUUCAAUGGAGACGAAUGCGACAACUUUUUGUUCAACGACAUGAAUCUCGUUGAGAAUAAAUUAGAAAACAGAAAAUAUCUCAAACUCUCUCCUGUUAAGAAAGAGGACGCUGGAACGUACAAGUGCUUCACUUCAGCCGGUGUGCUACACACCAUUGAACUGAAUGUUAUCAAAAAAUUUGAAACUUCCUCAAGUCGCAAGUAUGUGUUGGUCAACCCGUCUAUAUGUAAUGAAAGUCAUGAAAACGUUACGUUCACGUGCGAUGCUGAGUACCAUGGACCAAGUGAUUUAAAACUGAAUUGGAUGCGUUGGACACGGUGA